AUGUCAGCUGGGAAUCACAGCUUUGUGACAGAGUUUGUCAUCGUUGGGUUCCCUGGGCUUCAGCCAGAGUUCUACGGUCUUGCCUCAACUGUAUUAUUCUUGGUGUAUUUUUGCACUACAGUAGGAAAUGUGGUUAUUCUUGUAUUGUUCGCAACAGACCGGGAUCUCCACAAACCCAUGUAUUUUGUUAUUUUACAUCUGGUUGUUUCUGAUAUUCUCUUUAGCACCACCACAUUACCAAAGAUUAUUGCCAGGUAUUGGUUUCAAGCAGGAGCCAUUUCAUUCACAGGUUGUUUUGUCCAGAUGUACUUAGUGCACUAUUUGGGAACUGUAAAUUCAUACAUUCUAUUUAUAAUGGCUUUAGACCGAUAUGUUUCAAUCUGUUUCCCUCUCAGAUAUCCAAUGAUUAUCAAAAACUCCACUAUUCAUAUUCUCAGUACUACUGCUUGGAUUGUUGCGAAAGCCGGCCCAUUGAUGAUGGUAAUUAGGGCCUAUCCUCUUCCUUACUGUGACUCCAACCAAAUCAUGCAGUGCUACUGUGAUCAUAUCGCUAUAACAACGCUUGCAUGCACUGAUAGGGCUCCUUAUAGUUUUCCUGCUUUUGUUGUAGCAAUGGUGGUAUUACUGGGACCUCUUGCUUUUAUUAUAUUCUCAUAUUGCUCUAUUAUUGUGGCAGUUGUUCAGAUUGCGAGCACACAAGGCCGCCUCAAAACCCUUUCUACCUGCAGUGGUCAGCUGAUCAUCAUUGCCCUGUAUUAUCUCCCCAGGUGUUUUAUUUAUCUGUCCAGUAAUAUCGGCAUUAGAUUCAGCACUGAUUUACGUAUUGUUAUUAUCAUGUUGUAUAGCCUGCUCCCUCCCAUGAUCAAUCCUCUGAUAUACUGUUUCAAAACCAAAUAUAUAAAACAGAGCUUGAUGAAAAGAUUCAAGACGCCAAAGGUGGGUGAAAAACUGAGGCACUGGUCAUCUUUCCGGAGCACCCCAAGCCCCCUGAGCCCAACUUUGAGGAGCCUAGGCAGCUGGAACGCACACGUCUGUGCCCACAGGAACGUGACAGGUGCAUGCGUGGCAGCUGCUGCCUCUACAGCGGAGAUUCAAGCUCUCAAUGGACGCACCAUCGGCUCUGGCCUGGUGGAAUAUCAGACCCAGCCCAUUCUACUACAGGUUGGGAUGAACCACUCAGAGACUCUUAGUUUUCUUUUGAUCACUGCUCCCGAGAACAACCGUGCAGGAUGCAUCUCAAGUCCUGAGACGCCUCCUGCAGAGCCAACUAUAUGUCAAGAAGUGUACCACGUAUCCCAAGUGCGUUUUAUACGCAACUUUGGUGCGGUGGCAGCACCUCUCAUGUUACUAACCCGCAAGUCCCAGACCCAUUUUUGUUGGACUCCUGAGACUGACCGGGCAUUCAUGGAGCUCAAGGGAUGUUUCACCUCUGGACCCAUCCUCAUUCAUCCUGAUCCUACUCGUCCAUUUGUGGUAGAGGUGGAUGCCUCGGACACCGGAGUAGGGGCGGUCCUUUCACAGCAGAACGAGGAGGACAAGAAACUGCACCCAUGUGAAUUUCUCUCCAAGCAGUUCACGCCAGCGGAACGCAUCUAUGAUGGUCGUUUUCACAGCCCGAGAUCCAAGAAUCAGAAAUCAGACGCUCUGUCCCGCCAACACAAUGUCUCUAACGAUGAGAGGGACUCUGAUCCCAUCAUCCUCAGCUCCCGCAUUGUGGCCUCUGUGAUAUGGAGAAUUGAGACCACGGUCCGACAAGCCCAGACCGAAAACCUGACCCCAGCGGGAGACCCACUAAUAUACUUUACGUUCUGUGAUCAGCCUAUUCCCAAGUACUACAAUGUGGACACUCCUCUAAAUUGUCUGGGCAUCCAGAGGUUAAUCAGACACAGUUCCUGA